CGACGCAAGGCCCCUCCGAUCAGAGCCGCCCCGCGGCGCGACGCGCGGCUGCCACGGCCAGGAUCACGACGACGACCACCACGACGCGGAGCUCGGCGACGGGGCAUGCAGCGGCGGCGGCCCGUCGAGGGAACGACGAGGCCGUGUCGGGAGCAGUAAACAGUGCGCCUCGUCCUGAAGGCUGGACAUCGAUGUCGACACAGCCGGCCGCCGAGACUCGAAGACGCCGACGACGCAGCGCGCGCAGCGGCAACGCGCGGCAACGCCAGAACAAACCCGAUGCGCGGCGCGCCGCAAGCAGCAAGCAGCCGCAAGCCGAGCGGGGCGAUAACAGUUAACAACGAUUGACCUGCCAGCCUGGCCUGCUGCCUGGCCUAGCCUGCAGCCGCCGCGACAGUCCGGUCUUCCCUGGGGCCAUGCGCCACUGCCUGCGCCACUGCCAGCGCCACUGCCACUGCCGGGGACGCUCUCUCGAGUAACGUGCGCGCCGCGCUGGACUCGACCGUCUCGACGGCCAUGGCCUUGGCUGCCUCGGCGCCGCCCGGGCCCUCCGGAGGACGGUGCCACCGGCAGCUGUGGGCCGCCGUCGUCGUCCUGGCGGCCUGCUUGGCGGCCUGCGUGCCGGCCGCCGCCGCCGCCCCCAAGGCCAACUCCAUCCCCUCGACGAACGCGGUGAGUACUAUCUCCUUCCUCCGGCAGUUUGGCUACUUGGAGGGCGCUCGACCGCCCGGCUGGGACGCCGUCGACGUGGGCGACCGGUUCGGCACCACCAACACCACCACCAUGGGCCGGCCCGACUCGGAGACGCUGUACACGGAGGAGGCGGUGGUGACGGCCAUCAAGCUGGUGCAGAAGUUCGGCGCCAUCCCGCAGACCGGCGUCAUCGACGAGGCCACGGACAAGUUGAUGAAGGCGAGGCGGUGCGGCUGCCCCGACGUGGUGCGGCACGCUCCGGAGGCGCGCGGCCACACCACGCACAGGCACAAGCGCUUCGUGGUGGCCUCCAAGGGCUGGAAGCGACGCCACCUCAAGUACUACAUCGCCAACUGGACGCCCAAGAUCGGCGAGGACGGCGUCAACGCCUUGAUGGUGAGGGCCUUCGACGCGUGGAGCGCGUACGGCAGGCUUCGCUUCACCCGGGCCGCGCAGCCCAGCGAGGCGGACAUCACUAUCGCCUUCGGCCGGGGCAACCACGGCGACUGGUUCCCGUUCGACGGCCCGGGCGGCAUCCUGGCGCACGCCUUCUACCCCUACGAGAUGGCCACCUACGGCGGGGACAUCCACUUCGACGACGACGAGCAGUGGGCCGCCGACCCGAACGCCACGGAGCUGUACAACGGCGCGGUGGACUUGUUCCUGGUGGCGGUGCACGAGAUGGGCCACAGCCUCGGCCUGGGCCACUCCCCGGACCCCGAGUCCAUCAUGUUCCCCUACUACCAGUCCAAGAGCGAGUCCUUCAAGCUGGGCCAGGACGACAUCCUGGGCAUGUACGAGCUGUACAUUAAGCGGCAGCUGGAGGAGGACAACGAGACUCCCACCUACGAGGAGAACCACAGGCCGCCACCGCCGCCGAACACCACGCCGCGCCCGCCGAGGACGACCACGACGAGGACGACCACGACAAGGAGGCCCCGGCCACCGCCCCGGCCCAGACCCACGACGACGACCACCACCACACCAAGGCCUCGACGGCCACCUUCGCCGCCACCGUCGCGCCCGCCGCCGCACAGGCCGCCGCCUCCGACCAGCGCGCCGACGUACCACGGCGACGACGAGACAGUGGAGGAGCACAAGAAGCACGACCACAAGCACGGCAUCCCGCCCGGGCCGGCAGGACCGGUCGGGCCUUCGGACGCGGGGCCCGGGGGCGGCGGCGGCCACGGCGGCCACGGUGGAGGACACAGCCAUGGCCAUGGUAGCGGUCAUGGUAGCAGCCACGGUAGCGGCCAUGGUGGUAGCCACGGCGGCCACGCCGGUGGCGGUAGCGGCCACGGCGGCAGUGGUCACGCUGGGAGCCACGGCGCCAGUGGCAACGGGGACAGCGAGGAGAACAACGUGAUCCCGGACCUCUGCGAGGGGCACUACGACGCCGUAGCCCAGCUCCGAGGAGAGCUGUUCGCCUUCAAAGGCCAGUACUUGUGGCGCUUCCGCCAGCGCGGCGAGGUGAUGCAGGGCUACCCAGUGCCGCUGCGACGCAUGUUCCGCGACCUGCCCGAGCAAGUCACCAAGUUGGAUGCCGUCUACCAGCGCGACGACGGCAACAUCGUGCUUUUCUCAGGGCCUAGAUACUGGGUGUAUAACGGUGUGAAUUUUGUAGAAAAUAGCCCACAAUCUAUAACUCGGUUGGGACUCCCUAGUUCUAUUGACCGCAUUGAUGCAGUAAUGAUAUGGGCUAAAAACAAAGCGACUUAUUUCUUCAGGGGUUCUGAGUUUUGGCGUUACAACACAACCACAUCCCGAAUGGACCCUGGAUAUCCCAAGCGCAUUUCCAAUAGUUGGAAAAGAGCACCAAAUGAGAUUGAUGAUGCUAUGACCUGGACAGAUGGAGUGUCUCACUUUUUCAAGGGAGAUCUUGCUUAUCAGAUAGACAACGCGCAUGUCACGGUAGCAAGAAUAGACCGUACAGCACAAAUUUGGUUUGGAUGUCGUUAAGUGAGACCCAACAGAGUCACAGAAUGGUCUGUGCAUGACUUCAGUAUUCUCAUCUCUGAAUUUUUCAGUACUGUUUGGAGAGACAAGACUUGAGAGAUGGUUUUUCAUCUCUAGCAUGAAAUUUUGCAAUAAAUUUUUCAAGUACAGUUAAAA